AUGUCUCCUGUAUCUGCGCAAGCUCAGGAGUUCUUCAACCGGUACGAGCAAUUAAAGGCCAUUGAACAGACCAAAAAUCUUCUGAUAGAGGAUCUACUUAGUAGAAUUACAGAGCUUGAAGAUGCGUAUCAGCGAGAGCGACUAGACCAUGACAGAGAGACCAGAUUUAAUCGUGAAGUGCAGAUGCACGAAAUGGAGCUUAUGGAACAGUUGACGAGGUUUAAAACCGCCAUGGACCAAGAACCAUUCGUAAUCGCACUUCUAGAUGGUGAUGGUAUGAUAUUUCGAGACUAUUUAGUUCAGCAAGGAGAAAAGGGAGGGAAAGACGCCGCGAAUCAGCUCUGGUUAGCUAUCCGUGACUACACAUCCGAGACCUUCAACAACAUACAUUCACCCAAGAUCAUUGCGAGAAUAUAUGCGAAUGUCCGAGGAUUAGGGGAAACCCUCUUUAAAGCCGGGAUUAUUGAUAAACCUUCUCUCUUUGAGGACUUUGUUCGUGGAUUUAAUGGAGGUAGACUGCUUUUCGACUUUGUCGACGUUGGGAGCGGUAAAGAUAGAGCAGAUGAUAAAAUUGCGGAAAUUCUAAAACUGAAUUUAUUCAAUUGCCAUUGUCAGCAAAUAUUUUUGGGCUGCUCCCACGAUAACGGCUACGCACGCCUCCUUGAAGAUAAUUUAGCCGAUAUAGAACUCACAAGAAGAAUAACUCUCUUGGAGGGAUUUCCCUUUGAGAGAGAGCUCGCCUCGCUUAUAGGCUCGUAUAGAGUGACGAAGUUUGAGGCCUUAUUCCGGGAAUCAAAGUUAACCCCCUUACCAAGUAAUACUUGGGAAAGCUCUGUUGCCACAACAAACUCAUCCUCACCAUCAAAUACUGGGCUUUCCAAUCCUCGAAUGGUUAGCAGAACUCCUUCAAAUUCUAAUGGAACAGCGACUACCACAUCCGCCGCCUCCGCUACUUCGGGUAGCAGCAGUACUACACCAGCAACGACAUGGGCAUCUACCAUCGCUGCCAGUGCAAAUACAACUUUCAAAGAUUUAACCCCAUCCAAACCAAGUACCCCGUCUCCACCAGUUAUUGAGCGGAACAAGUAUGGCCAACGAGUUGAUCGGAUUGAUUUUAAAGCCGCGCCCAAGGACGAAUUAAAUCGCGUGAAAAAGUUGAAGCUAUGCAACUUAUAUUUUCUACUAGGAGACUGUCCUAAUCCGAAUUGCUAUCAUACUCAUGACUAUAAGCUCGGAAAACAAGAACGAAUGGUAUUGCAGGUAGUUGCCAGAAUGACACCUUGCCAUUUCGGUACCGAAUGUGACGAUGCUACUUGUAUCUACGGUCACCGCUGUCCUCUCAGUGAAGCUGGGAAGAAAGAUUGCUAUUGGGGGUCAAAUUGUCGAUUUGAUGCUGACGCCCAUGGCGUUGAUACUAAUAUUGUUAAGCUUACCAAAGUUUGA